CAAUCCAAUUCAGAAAUGUAUAUCUUACCCACUCGGAGGCUCAGAAGGGGGGUAGUAUCAUGUCCCGUCCUGUCCCGUCCUGUCCCGUCCUGUCCUGUUGUAGUAGGUAUGCACACACCUGGCUAUCCUGUUGUAGUAGACAUGUACACCUACCUGUGCAGUGCAGUGCAGUGCAGUACCGUACGCCGCGCUGUCGGCUCUCCCGGGUAGGCUACUCCGUAGCUCUGCGCCAAUCCCCGCGCGAAUUUGGGUUCCCGUCGAUGGGAUGGCACUCCUGCGUGUGGUGGCGGGUGCUCUGGUAUGGAGAUGGGAUCGACGGGUUGAUUUCGACUGUACUAUUCCAAUGAAAUGGGCCAGGAGGGGGAGGCAGAUACGUUGAUUGACUUGGGGACAGUGUGGUGUGCGGUAGGGUGGCAGACUGCUUGUUUACCUGGUUAUUGGGCUGAACGCGAACGCGGGGUGGCAGGAUGGACCUGAGAUUCGAUGGGUUUGUUUUGUCCAAGGGGAAUGGGGAAU